AUGUCUGUAAAAAUAAAAGGUCAAUUCCCCAAUGAAUUGGAAGAAGAUUAUUUAGGGAAAAAAGAAAUCCCAAAAACAACAAAAAAGUUGAGCGAUUAUUCAACGCUCAUUGACAAUUCACUAACUGAAGACAAUAAUAUCCCAAAAGAAGAAAAAGAACAAGAUAUUAACAAUACGAUCUUGCACAAAGUCAACCAAAUAAAUGAAACUGACAACACCAGUGAAAUAAGUGAAGAAAUCCUCACUAACCAAAAAAAUAUGGAAAACCAACUUCAAACUGUUAGCUCAUUUAAGUUGUUUAUUAAUGGAGUUAAAUCAUACAAAUGGAUUCGUGUUGUUUUUACUAGAAUUCUCAAGAAUAAGGAUCUAUUUAUUCAUCCAUACUCACGCAUUGUACUUAUUAAUGUUAUUGUAUUAGGAGGGUUUUACACUAUUUCAAAUUACUUAAUUUUCCCUUUGUUACUUCAUCAGUUUGGAAAUGAACAAAAAGAAUUAGAAGGAGCAGUCUCAACUGUGUGGAAUAUCUUUUACACUAUAACGUAUAAUUCGUUAUUACUUUAUGCUUUGUAUAAAUCAGAAAGCUAUUACAAAAUUAUAGCAGAACAAUACAACCAUAUCAAACAUAAUUCUAAUGCCCAAAUUGGAGCUGGUCCUUAUUCUUUAUAUUUUACAUUAUUAACUAUGACUAUGUUAGCUUCUUCAUUGCUUAUUCGAUUAAUUCCUUUUUUGAGAAUAUUUGAGUUAUUUAUGAUUGAUAUUUUAUAUGCAUUUUAUGCAUUUAAUUUAAAACUUCAAUUACGUUACCAAAACAUGAAUCUAGAAAAGGUUGUUUAUUGCAUUGAUAGUAGACUAUUCUUCUUUGUUGGUUUUGGCUCAUUAUUUACUUUAUCUUGUUUCUUUGUGGAUCAAAUUAUUAGUAACACAUUAUAUUCUCUUCUAUUCCCCUUCGUUUGUUUUUAUUUGUGUUGUGUUUUAUUAAAUUAUGUAAAACAAUUAACAUAA